AUGCCCGCUGAGGAAAAGGGCCUGGCUGAGAAGCCGCCAGCAGCGCCUGAGACACCUGUAGCUGAGACGGCAGUUGCUACACCACCACCACCAGCACCGCCAAAGGAACCGCUCACCAAGAAACUCUUCGGCUACGUCCGCAUCUUCUUCUCCGCCGACCCAACAUGGACCGACUACCUCCUCCUCCUCAUCGGCACCAUCUCCGCCCUGGCAGCCGGCGUGCCCUUCCCGCUCAUGGGCAUCGUCUUCGGCCAACUGGUCGAUGACAUGAACGGCGCCUCGUGCGCGGCCGAGCAACAUGACGCCAACCCCUUCCGGUAUGAGCACGACAUCAACGACAAGGUGCUCAUCAUUGUCUACAUCGCCAUUGCCGCCUUCUGCCUCAUCUACAUUUACGUGCUCUCGUGGAGUCUCAUCAGCCAACGCCUCGCCGCCCGCCUCAGAAACAAGUAUGUCUCUGCUCUGUUGCGCCAGCCGCCCGCCUUCUUCGAUACUCGUGCCGCUGGCGGAGAGGUUAGCACCCGGUUGCAUGGCGACAUGGCCGCGCUGCAGGCUGGUACGUCGGAGAAGGUGGGCGUGUUGCUGGCUAGUAUCAGCUUCUUCAUCACUGCCUACGUCGUUGCUUUCAUCAAGCAGGCCAAGUUGGCUGGUAUCUUGAUUUCCAUGAUCCCGGCUUAUCUCGCCAUGGGUCUGGUGGGCGGCGCUUACUUCCAAAAGUACAUGAUCAAGGCCGCCGGCGCCAUUGCCAGCGCUUCGUCCAUUGCCUCCGAGGCUCUCAAGAACGUCAUUGUCGUCCAGGCUUUUGGUGCCGCGCCCAGACUGGAGGCCAAGUUCGCUGAUCACAUGGCUACGGCUCGGGAUGCUGGUAUCAAGAGAGGCAUGUCGGCUGCCGUUCAGGCUGGUCUGCUGUACUUCAUCGCCUACGCCGGUAACGCGCUGGCUUUCUGGGAGGGUUCGCGCAUGGUGGCGGAUGCCAUGGCUGGCAAGGGCACCGAGACUAUCGGUCAGAUCUACACCGUCAUCUUCAUCUUGGUCGAUGCUUGCGUUGUCCUUGGUAACAUCUCUCCCCUGCUGCCCCUCCUGGGUGGUGCUCAGGCUGCUUUCGACAGACUGAUGAAGGACAUCGAGGAGCCUUCCCUCAUCGACGGUACUUCCGACAAGGGCGUCGUCCUUCCCUUUGAGACUCGUGGCGAGAUUCGCUUCGAGAAUGUCUCCUUUUCCUACCCCAGCCGCCCUGAUCAGCUGGUCUUGAAGAACGUCGACUUGGCCUUCCCUGCUGGCAAGCACACUGCUAUUGUCGGUCUCAGUGGCAGUGGCAAGUCCACGGUGGCGGCCAUGAUCAGUCGUCUCCAGGAUCCCAACUCUGGCAGAAUCACCAUGGACGGCUACGAUCUCAAGGAGCUCAAUGUUCGCAGCCUGCGCUCGUUCAUCAGCUUGGUCCAACAAGAACCCUCUCUUCUCGACCGCUCCAUUCUGGAAAACAUUGCUCUCGGCCUUAUCAACUCUCCCAAGCCCGAACACCAGCGUCUCAAGGACAUCCUCCACAGCCACGAGCUGGCCGACUUGGCCAAGAAGGGCAAGGACUCCAUCGAUCCCGCCAUCGUCAGCUCCUUCGGUCCUCUCGUCCAAGAGAUCAUCAACCUCAUUCAACAUGCCGCCACUGAGGCCGACGCCGCUGGUUUCAUCGAACGUCUCGAGAAGGGCUACGGCACCUAUGCCGGUCCCUCUGGUUCCAUGGUCAGUGGUGGUCAACGCCAGCGUGUCGCUCUCGCCAGAGCUUUGAUCCGUGAUCCCAAGAUUCUUCUCCUUGAUGAAGCCACUUCCGCCUUGGACUCUGCCUCUGAGCGCCGCAUCCAGGAAGCCGUCGACCGUGCUGCCAAGAGCAGGACCGUCAUCUCCAUCGCCCAUCGUCUGUCCACCAUCCGCAACGCCGACAAGAUCGUCGUCAUGGAAGCCGGCAAGGUCAUUGAGGAAGGAUCCUACGACGAGCUCAUGGCCAAGGAGGACGGUGCUUUCGCCAAGAUGGCCAAUCUCCAGACUCUUGGUAUUGCUCACAAGGCCGAGGCCGGUUCUUCUGUCUCUGGCGAGUCCAUCGAGUCUUCCUCUUCCGCUACUGGAACCUCUGUCGAGAAGCCCUCUGCCUCUGAAGUCGCUGUUACUCCUGCUCCCGCUCCCGCUGCCGCCGAGGCCGCCACCCCUAGUGGAGACGAGAUUGACGGCAUCGACACUAAGCGUCCCCUGAGCAGCGUUGUCCGCUCUCUUGGCCGCUUCCUCCGCCCCAGUCUCGGCUGGCUCGUGAUCGCCAUCUUCGCGGCUGUUAUCGUCGGUGGUACUUUCUCCGGCUCCGGCGUGCUCUUCGGCUUCACCAUCAGCUCUCUCAACCCUUGCAGCGGCAGCAUGGACAAGGUCCUCUACUACGGCAAGUUCUUCGGUGGCUUCCUCUUUAUGCUUGCCUGCGUUGAGUUCUUCGCCAACUUUGCCGCCUGGUCGUGCUUCGCUCUCAUUGCCGAGAAGCUCCUCUACGCCAUGCGCGUGCUGUCAUUCCGCUCUCUGAUGGAACAGGGCGUGCAGUGGCACCAGUCCGAGGGCCGCAGCCCAUCCUCGCUGUUGACCAUCAUCACCAAGGAUAGCGCUUCGGUGGGCGCCUUCUCCGGCUCCACCAUCGGCACCGUCUUCUCCAUCUGCGUCAACUUCAUCGCCGCCAUCAUCUUGUCUCACAUCUUCGCCUGGAAGAUUGCCAUCGUCUGCCUCUCCAUCGUGCCCAUCCUCCUCGGCACUGGUCUGAUGCAGCUCCGCAUGCUUGCCCGUUACGAGGAGCGCCACGCCGAGGCCUUCAACAGAGCCACCUCCGUGGCCGUCGAAGCCGUGCAGACCAUCAAGACCGUGGCCGCCCUCUCGCUCGAGCACGAGGUGCUCGGCUCCUACCAGCGCCUGCUCAAGAACAACCGCGACGAAAUGGUCAAGGCGGCUGCCUUUACCAACAUCUGGCUGGCCCUCGCCAACUCGAUCUCCUUCCUCGUCUACGCCUUUGCCUAUUGGUGGGGUUCGCAGCGUAUUAUGCACGGCGAGUACUCGCAGCGCGACUUCUUCAUCGUGUUGGUCGCCAUGCUCGUGUCCGCGCAGCUCUGGGGCCAAAUGUUUUCUUUGGCGCCCGAGUUCUCUCGUGCCCGUCUCGCCAUCUCCCGCAUUCUGGGCGUCAUCGGCCUAGGCUCCAACGACCACGUGCACGACUCCUCUUCUUCUUCCCCCUCUACCGACCCCGAAGCCACCGGCGAAUCCUCCGCCUCCCGCCUCUCCCCCCAAAAGAAGUCCGGCGUACAAAUCACCUUCUCCGACGUCUCCUUCGCCUACCCCUCUCGCCCGGACCAUCCCGUCCUCGACUCCGUCUCCUUCACCAUCCAACCCGGCCAAUUCGUCGGUUUGGUCGGCCCUUCAGGAGCCGGCAAAUCCACCAUCAUGAACCUCGUCCAACGUCUCUACUCCCCGACUUCGGGCUCCAUCACCAUCGACGGCGUCGACAUCUCCUCUACCCAAUCAUCCAACACCUUCCGCGACUCCAUUGCGCUCGUCCCGCAAGAACCCGCCCUCUUCGACGGUUCCGUCAAGUUCAACGUCGGACUUGGUGCGCGCCCAGGCCAUGAGGCUUCGGACGCCGAAAUCGAAGAAGCGUGCCGUCUUGCCUCCAUCCACGACGUCAUUGCUUCGUUGCCGGAGGGGUACGAGACGGAAUGCGGCGCCUCGGCGUCUAGAUUGAGUGGUGGACAGAGGCAGAGGCUGGCGAUUGCGAGAGCACUGGUUAGGAAGCCGAGACUGUUGUUGCUGGAUGAGAGUACCAGCGCCCUGGAUGCCGCUAGCGAGGCGGCGUUGCAGGAGGGGUUGGAGAAGGUGGCGAGAGAUACGACGGUGUUGGCGAUUACGCAUAGAUUGCAUACGGUGCAGAAGGCGGAUGUGAUUUUUGUGGUGGAGGGCGGCAAGGUUGUGGAUAGGGGGACGCAUAGUGAGUUGAUGGCAAGGAGGGAGAGUUAUCGGGUGAAUGCCAUGCAGCAGAUGUUGCAGUGAGUGUUGCCCUGGUGUUGAAGCAUGCUGUGGUGGAAGAUGCAUGCCUCUGGAGGACCUAGUGGGGGCCGGGGAAUGAUGAUGGCCCGGUGUUGAAGGAGAGAUGCCCGGUGGGUGGAAAGAAAAAAGAAGUUAUUGAUGUGAUGCGUAUUGUUGUUACGGGUUUUGAGUCAUGAUACCAUAUCCCUUAGUACUACUACUACCUACCUACCUAUUAGCCGAUUUCGUAAUGUUAGUCUUGAU